AUGGCCCGUCGAGUCUCUAUUGUAUUCCUCGCUGCCCUUCUGGGGUGGUUUGCUGGCGUCCUAUCCCAAUCACCAACCACGACCACUGACACCAGAGCCGACACUGUCUUCACCUUGCCGCCCAACGCAGAUGUGGGACUACCCGUCAUCCCCAACAUACAGGACCCGCUUGCGAUCGAUCCACAGUCUGUGUGCACCGGCUACAAGGCAUCAAAAGUCCGGAACGUCUCCAACGGCAUCACUGCUGACCUUUCUUUGAUCGGGGAAGGUUGCAAUCUCUAUGGCAACGAUGUCAAGGACCUCACUCUGGUUGUGGAGUAUCAAGCUGCCGAUCGCUUGCAUGUGGAGAUCAUGCCCAAGUACAUCGGCAAAGAGAACUCAUCCUGGUUCAUUCUCCCAGGAGAGUUGAUCCCCAAACCCGGUGUGGACGACAAGGAUUGUACCUCCAAGAGCGAUUUGGCAUUCUCUUGGAGCAAUCGUCCGAGCUUCUCAUUCAAUGUGACGAGAAAGAGCACUGGGGAUGUUCUGUUCACUACCAUGGGAGCCCAUUUGGUUUACGAGGACCAGUUCAUCGAAUUCGGGUCUUCACUACCGGAGAAUUACAACCUGUAUGGACUAGGAGAGGUCAUCCAUGGCCUGAGACUGGGAAACAAUUUGACGAGGACCUUGUUCAAUGCUGAUGUGGGGGACAUCAUCGAUGCCAACAUCUAUGGUCAUCAUCCCAUUUACUAUGACACUCGCUAUUUCAAAGUAGGUGGAAAGUCAGAGAAACUCACUUAUGCCCCAAAGGCCACGGAUAAGUCGGCCAAAUACAAGUCCUACACGCACGGGGUCUUCAAUCGGAACGUUCAUAACCAAGAGGUUCUCCUGAAAGAGUCAAACAUUACCUGGAGAGCACUGGGUGGGACCAUCGAUCUCUAUUUCUACGAAGGACCGACCCAAGACAAAGUUACCAAAUCUUACCAGAGGAGUGCAAUUGGUCUUCCUCCCAUGCAACAGCUCUGGACCUUUGGGUUCCAUCAGUGUCGCUGGGGAUACAAGAAUUGGAAAGAGCUUCAGAGCGUGGUAGACAGUUUCAAGAAGUUUGAGAUUCCCCUCGAGACAAUAUGGACUGAUAUCGACUACAUGAACCAAUACCGAAACUUUGAGAAUGAUCAUGUACAAUUUCCCUACGGCGAAGGAGCCAGGUUCAUCUCCAAAAUUCAUGACAACAAUCAGCAUUAUAUACCAAUUGUCGACUCGGCCAUUUACAUACCCAACCCUGAUAACGCUAGCGAUGGUUAUCCGACAUAUGACAGAGGGGCCAAAGAGAAUUCCUUCAUGCUGAAUCCUGACGGGUCCACAUACAUAGGGGCGGUUUGGCCUGGUUACACGGUCUACCCAGACUGGCUUGGUGCCUUGUUCAACAGCACAGGUACCAAUAAAUGGUGGAGUUCUGAAAUCUCAACAUACCAUGAGAAGAUCAAGUUUGAUGGUAUCUGGAUCGACAUGUCCGAGGUCAGCAGUUUCUGCGUGGGUAGCUGCGGCAGUAAGAAUACGAUUCUCAACCCUGUUCACCCGUCGUUCAAACUGCCAGGCGAGCCAGGAAAUAAAAUUUUCGAUUAUCCUGAAGGCUUCAAUAUUACAAAUGCCACGGAAGCGGCAUCCGCGUCGGCUGCCGCAUCCUCACAGUCAGCAGCGGCAUCACCAGCAGCAACUUCCUCCAUAUCGGCUUUAUAUCAUCGUACUACACCAACUCCGGGAGCACGCAACAUCAACUGGCCACCAUAUACGAUCAAUAACUUCGCAGGUGAUUUGGGUGUUCACGCAGUAAGCCCCAACGCAACGCAUCAUGGAGGCACCCAAGAAUACGAUUUCCACAACGUUUUUGGACAUCAGAUCUUGAAUGCGACGUACCACGCACUGCUGGACUUGUUCCCAACGAAGCGCCCCUUUAUUAUUGGGCGAUCGCAGCUGUUCGGGAGCUCAAAGUGGGCUGGUCAUUGGGGAGGAGACAAUUAUUCCCUCUGGAGUUAUAUGUUCUUUUCGAUCCCUCAGGCGCUAUCCUAUUCUCUUUUCGGAUUUCCCAUGUUCGGGGUCGACACAUGCGGCUUCGCUGGCAAUGCCGAUAUGGAACUCUGCUCCAGAUGGAUGCAAUUGUCGGCCUUCUUUCCCUUCUACCGCAACCACAACGCGGCCGGAGGCAUCAGCCAAGAACCUUACGUUUGGUCCGAAGUCAUCAAGGCUAGCAAAAUCGCAAUGAAGAUCCGCUAUGCUUUGCUUCCCUACAUGUACACCACCUUCUACCUCAGCCACUCUACGGGGUCAACCACGAUGCGAGCUCUGGCGUGGGACUUUCCAGAUGAGCCAUGGUUAGCCAACGCAGACCGUCAAUUCCUACUCGGAGAUGCCGUCCUGGUCACGCCUUGUCUCGAGCAGGGCGCAACUACGGUCAAGGGGCUAUUCCCCGGCGUGGGCUCCGGAACGGUGUGGUACGACUGGUACAACCUAAGCGCCAUCACGGGCGUAACGGCAGGACAGAACGUCACUAUUGACGCGCCGCUGGGCCAUAUCCCAGUUUUUGUCAAAGGCGGAAACGUGGUGCCUCUACAACAGCCCAGAAUGACAAUUGCAGACACGAGGAAAAGCUCCUGGAGCCUGCUGGCCGCCCUCGAUGGAAAGGGCAAGGCGGGUGGGGGCUUAUACCUCGAUGAUGGGGAGAGUCUGGUUCCGAAUGCGACGACUUGGGUGGACUUUUCUGCCACCGAGACUAGUCUCAAGGCCGUGCCGUCGGGUAAUUUUACAGAUAUGAAUAUGCUGGCGAAUGUGACCAUCAUAGGCCUUCCCGAGCGAGUGCAUGGCGUCCAAUUUGACGGUGUUGAGGUCAAGUCGGGCUGGACUAUGGAUGGGGACUCCAAGGUUUUGACGAUUACCGGAUUAGCGGCGUAUACGGUUGAUGGUGCGUGGAACAAGGAGCGGAACCUGAGUUGGAGAUUUGAGUAA